UUGUUGCUGCUGCCGGAAGCUGAGAAACCAAAAGUAUAUUUCGGGUGAGACCGUUAUUCUGUCACGCGCCGUGAAGUCUUCGUUAAGUGGUGUUAAAGUGACUUUUAAUCUUCAGACAUCAUCGAUAACUAUGAAGCUUCUUCUUCUCGUGUUUUUCUCUCUCCUGACUGGGUUUGAAGUAACGUUUGGAGAUGAAAACGAGCCAGAUGUCAUCAGAGUGAUCAUGGAAGGAAAUGACAUCAUUUUACCCUGUUCACUCAGCAGCAAGGAGAACAUUGUGUUUAAAUCGUUUGUCUGGAAGAAAGAUGAUCAGAAGGAGGUGUUCUUCUAUGAUGCAGGACUUCAUACCAAUAAUGACUAUCCAACUCAAGAUGAGCAGUUCAAAGGACGAGUCUCACAUUUUAAAAAUGAACUGAAGUCAGGCGACGCCUCCAUAAUCAUCAGAAAUACGAAGGUGGCUGACAGUGGAGACUACACCUGUGAAUUUCCACAACUUCAGCAAAGACAAAUAUUCUACAUUAAGCUUCAUGUUGUCGGUGGUGUCUUUAAAGACAGAACAGCUGAAAACAUCCCAGGUUUAGCUACAAAGCCAUAUGUCGUGAUAGUUGAUCUAACAAUGGACUGGCCGCUGCUGCAGUGUCAAGUUCGAGGUGUUUUUCCAAAACCUAAGUUACACUGGCAGGACAGUGAUGGAAACAUCCUUAAAGCUGAAGAACCAAAGGAGUCAGAAAGAGGAGGCCACUAUGACAUCAUCCUCGAAACUAUUGUGACCAAGACCGACAACUAUCGCUGUGUUGCUACGCAGAAGGAAAUCAGCCAUCAGAUUUAUUCUGACAUAUACGUGUAUAUCUCUGGUUCCUCCACUGGACGGAUUGUUGGUGCAGUUUUUGGUGUUGUUGUUUUUCUUGGAGUUGCUGGGUGUUGCAUCAAAAGCUGCUGUGAUUAAGAGGAAACCAGUCCACAUAAUCAACAGGAGGUUUUCUAGCUUGGCGUGUGCCUCGAUGUUGGCUGCUGAAGUGUG